AACUUCCUGUGUCUCCUCCCAGCAUGCACCGCCACACACAAAUGGCUGCACGGCAAUAGGUGACUCCUUCUUGGGCCUUCCUUAGCCUUCCCUAAACUGUGCGUUGCAGAACAUAUGAGCCGCUAAGGACCGGGCAAGCUUGUGUGUAGGAGCUGGUGGCCAUUGUUGCCUGGUGAGGAGUACUGGAGGCAGCCAGGGAACAACCCCCCCCAGCAGCCACCCACAACACAGCUGACUCCACCAUCCUCCCCAAUCAUGGACCAAACUCUACACAAUACCUUGUUGAUAUAGUGAUAAGCAGUGCUACAAGAAGGGCAGUAUGUCGGCCGAGGCGGCGGAUAAGGGUAAUGAGGACUCGAUUAAGGUUGUGGCAAGGUUCCGGCCGUUGAAUGACUCUGAGGAGAGAGCAGGAUCAAAGUUCAUCGUCACAUUCCCACACAACAAAGAUGACCAGCUAGUCAACAUAGGGGGAAAAGUUUACCAGUUUGAUAACAUUCUGAAGCCUAAUGUAACACAAGAAAAAGUGUACAAUACAGCAGCAAGAGAUAUUGUUAAAGAUGUUCUCAAUGGGUACAAUGGAACAAUCUUUGCCUAUGGGCAAACAUCAUCUGGAAAAACUCACACCAUGGAAGGAGUUAUUGGGGACCCAAAUCUCCAGGGUAUCAUACCUCGGAUCAUCCAAGAUAUCUUUAAUCAUAUCUAUAACAUGGAAGAAAAUCUUGAAUUCCACAUCAAAGUAUCAUAUUUUGAAAUCUACAUGGAUAAAAUUAGAGAUUUGUUAGAUGUGUCCAAAGUGAAUCUUGCUGUGCACGAAGAUAAAAACCGUGUACCAUUUGUGAAAGGCGCCACUGAACGGUUCGUGUCAUCUCCAGAAGAGGUGCUCGAGGUCAUAGAAAUGGGCAAAAGUAAUCGUCAUGUUGCAGUUACAAACAUGAAUGAGCAUAGUUCAAGAAGUCACAGUGUUUUCCUAAUUCAAGUAAAGCAAGAGAAUAUAGAAUCACAGAAGAAACUACUUGGCAAGCUGUAUCUUGUUGAUUUAGCUGGUAGUGAGAAGGUAAGCAAGACUGGGGCAGAGGGUGCUGUUUUAGAUGAAGCUAAGAAUAUUAACAAAUCACUAUCAGCCUUGGGCAAUGUUAUUUCUGCCCUUGCUGAUAACACCAAAACACAUGUUCCAUAUCGAGAUUCUAAGCUCACUCGAAUUCUUCAAGAAUCACUUGGUGGUAAUGCCCGAACUACUAUUGUUAUUUGCUGUUCUCCGGCUUCCUUCAAUGAGUCUGAAACCAAGUCCACACUUGACUUUGGCAAGAGAGCUAAAACUGUGAAGAAUGUGGUGACAGUCAAUGAGGAGCUCACAGCUGAGGAAUGGAAACGUCGUUAUGAGAAGGAGAAAGAGAAGGUAGCGAAGCUAAAGGCACAAUUGGAGAAAAUGGAUCUUGAGCUUGGACGAUGGCGUGCCGGCGAGUCUGUAAGCACUGAUGAGCAGGUUGCUAUUGACAUGGAGGCCUCGACAACCUCACAACAAUUUAAUCAAGUUUUGGCUCCUCCUGUGGCUGUGGAUGGUGAUGCGGCUGAGUGGGCACGAGAGAGGGAACGCCUCUACCAAAAUUUGGAUGAAAAAGAUGAUGAAAUCAAUCAUCAGUCACAGCUAGUAGAAAAGCUUAAGGAACAAAUGCUUGAGCAAGAAGAGUUAAUAUCUUCAACACGACGAGACUAUGAGCUUCUGCAGUCAGAAAUGACCAGACUAAGUAAUGAGAAUGAGAAGGCUAAAGAAGAAGUAAAAGAAGUAUUACAGGCCCUGGAGGAGCUGGCUGUAAACUAUGAUCAGAAGACUGAAGAAGUAGAGCGCAAGAGUAAAGAAAAUGAGAGUUUGACAGAGGAACUUGGUCAGAAGCAGGCAUCGCUAAGUGUGGCUACUUCAGAACUACAGACAGUGAGGGACUCUCAGUUACAUCAAAAGAAACGUAUAAAUGAAAUGUUAGUGUCCCUCCUCAAAGAUCUGAAUGAAGUAGGCUCAAUCAUUGGCACAUCCAAUGAUGCAAUGAAGGUAAGCACUUUUGCACCUCUUUUCUUUCACAACCAGCAUUUUUGUUUUUGUCCUCAGUUGGCAACACUUAGAGAUGAAAUUACCGAGAAGCAACAGCAAAUUGAUGAGCUGACAGAUGAGAACCAAAAGCGAGCAGUGACAGAGGAACAGUUGAAGGCUGAAUAUGAGAAGCUCAAGGCAGAGGUUGCUGAAAAGACUGUUAAGUUGAGUGAGUUAACAACUGUCCAUGAACGCAAGGAGCAGGCAAGGCAGGACCUUAAAGGUCUAGAAGAGACUGUCGCUAAGGAGUUGCAAACCUUGCACAAUUUGCGUAAAUUAUUUGUACAGGAUCUUCAAGCCAGAGUAAAGAAGUCAGCAACAGAAGAAAGUGAUGAAUCUGGUGGAUCAUUAGCUCAGAAACAAAAGAUCCAAUUUUUGGAAAACAACUUGGAUCAGUUAACAAAGGUGCAUAAACAACUGGUCCGCGAUAAUGCUGAUCUCCGAUGUGAGCUUCCCAAACUUGAGAAGAGACUUAGAGCAACAAUGGAGCGAGUGAAGGCAUUAGAAACAGCAUUAAAGGAGGCUAAGGAAGGAGCAAUGAAGGAUCGCAAAAGAUACCAACAGGAAGUUGACCGAAUUAAAGAAGCUGUGAGGCAAAAGAACCUUCAACGUAGAGGCACUGCUGCACAGAUUGCCAAACCAAUUCGUGCUGGACAUGCCCCUCAAGCAAAUCAUGCAUCCAAUCCAGUUAUUCGUGGUGGCAUGCAGCCCUACCAGCCCCCAGCAGUGCAAAAGCGGGUAGCAAGUGGAGGUCCCCGCAUGGACACAUCAAGCUAAAUUUAGCUCUUGGUCAUGUUCCUGAGAUAGAAUCCAGCCCCUGUUUAUGUCAAGCUGUGGCCAUGUUCUCAUGAAACAUUGUUACCAAUCUCAGUUUGACACCAAAUUUGUGCACCCUCCAGUAAAACUUGUUUGUUUAUUUUUUUAAGAAACCAAUGGGUAAUGAGAAUGGGGGAAAUGAAAUGGUUGUUUCGUAGAACCUUGGAUAUUCAUAUUGUGUUGCAUAUUCCAAUAAUUUUUCUCUGCAUAAGGUUAUGUUUUUCAUUAAUACUUGUGAAUGCUUGAUUUAUAUUUUUCCUUGGUAUAAAAUUUAGCCUUCAGAAGUACAAACCAAGGUUCAUCACAAGUAAUUUUCCUGUUAGCAUCAUCAUAGUUUAUCACGAGACGUCCAGAAGAAAUACUUCAUGCAGAGUAAAGCACAAACUGAGGGACGCUGUUACCUGUCAGGUCUCGUGCAGAUUUAUUACUGGGUAAUAAGCACCAUGGACAAGCUUUAUGGUGAAGGUGGAAGAUGAAAGGUGUAGGUUGUUAGACUAAAUUAUUAUUUCCAUUAAAAUUAAUUUUUGCAUAAUAUCAGUAAGUAAGCCUCAUGAAUUUGGGAAAUAUUUGGACCAAAGCAAAGAUUGUUUUACGAGGCAAGUUGUAAUUUUGUAAAAAUUGUGAAUCCUGGAAACUGUGAAAAGCUUAUAAAUGUUAUGUUUAUAUUUCUGCUUUCUAAUGGUUAUAAAAUGUCUAAGUUUUAAAAUCCGAUUAUCUCAUACCUGUGACAUUUCUGAUGUACAAAAAUGUAAAGUUUCAUAUCAUAAUGUACUAAAGACUUUUGAUGGAUUUAUUUUUCUGAAUUGAUGAAUUACAGUUCUAUAAGCAGCUAUUUAGAAAUGUACUGUAUUCUAAAGUAUUGAUAAUUGUAUGUAAAAUAUAAAUUAUAACUUGUUAUAAAAUAAUGAAAUAUAGAGCAUACCUGUAUAGCUUGCUGAGGAUUAAAAUUACAGUAUAUGAUGCUCAGUUUUUGUUUGCUUUUCAUAUAUUAGAAUUCAGCUUGUGCUGUUCAUUUUAAUGUUAAUUUUCCAUUGCAUUUGUAAGAUAAGCAGUCUUGGAAUACAUAUAGAUGGUGUUUAAUUAUCUGUAUUUCUAAAUGGCUGUUCUUAUGACUGAAGAAUACAUGUCUCUUGGUCAAGAAACUCGUUUGUAUAAAGUGAUGUCUCUUGUUUUUUAGUCUUUGACAAAAAAUGAUGAUUAUAAAGGUCGUGAAAUAGUGAAAGAAUACUGAAAGCAAUACUCGCAUAGGUGAUGUUCAGACAGUGUCUGACUUAUAUUAUUGUUCCAGGUUUUAUAUGUAACUUUAUGUACACAGCAAUUAAUGUUUUUGAAAUUUGUGCAGUACAAAUUUCAUGUAACCAUUACUGACUGAGAGAGUCAGAAAGGUCCUAUUUAUUCCCAGUUAUGAUAGUUACAAUGGGAACAUGGAGUUUUAAGAAGUUGAUAGGCUGUAUGCUUCUCAGAGAAGAUAUAUUUUAUGUUGAGACAAUUUAUGCUAAAUCUCUCUUAACUAAAUAUAUAAAUAUAGUGCAUUAUUGUUUCUGUAGUGGCCUGUGGCACUACUUGUCCAUGUAUGUCCCUCACCACUAGACCAGCAGUCACUUGUACAUUAGGUUGAGUGAUCUCUUUCAGCUUUAAAAUUGAAUAUAAGAUAUCCUACAGUGCCCUUAUUAACCUUGGUAUUAGAAACAUUAUUAGUAGUUUUCUUUUUUAUCUUUUUUUUUUUUUUAAGUCCAUUCCUGAUGGAGAAGACUAGUAUUUAAUUUGGCUAAUUUAUUUAUUAUCUUAAUUAUAGUAUGAGAGCAGCUACAUUUUAUCCAUCCCACUGUUGCCUUAAGUUUAUCAUUGCCAGUAGGAAAGCUGGCAAGUUUAUAUCGUGCAUGAUAAUCACAGUAAUUUCAUCCAGUUUAUCACACUAUAAACUACACUUUUACAUCAUCUUACCUAAUGGCUUAAAAUACUUUGCCAUCAGCUAUGGAAUUAUGCAACAUUGCCUUGGAUUAUGUAAAACUGCAUGAAUAGGAAAUCUAGUAUUAACUAAAUCAAGCUUGAUAUGCAGUAGAUCAUUAUGAUUGAUCUGUAUAGCAAUAAAAAAUUAUUCUUGUCUUUGUUCAUUGUGAAAGAUUGUCUGUUCUCCCAUAUUCUUUUCAAUAAGAAUAUGUCAAGAGCAUAUAGUCGAGACGAAUCAAAUGAUCAUAAGUGAAAAUUAGAAGCAAGUACAAUUAAAAAAAAUUUAAAUAAAAUGACCAGAAUGGUAUGCCAAAGAAAGGCCAUAAAUUUUUCGUGUGAAAUUAUGUGAUCUUAGCACUGGUGUUAGGUAUUGACAAACACUACAUGAUUAUGUACAGAGCAUUGUAGUCCAGAUGUAGGAAGAAAGUUCUUUCUACAACCCAGAUCUAUUACCCAGUCAAUGAGAAGAGUAUUACCACAGCUUUUUCUCCAUGUUUGCUAGGAUUUAGGUGUAUUAUGCCCUGGUCCAUGAUCAGACCUUCCAGGUGAACUUAAUGCAGGGGAGGAAAAAACAAGAGCAGUGUAAAACCAUUUUACAUUUGUAAAAUUUAUUGCACUAAAAUUGCUGCCUCAGCUUUACAUGCUUGUACUAUGGAAAGGUACUGCAGUAAAAUCACUAAUUAAU